AGGAAACACCCAACUCACUCCACCUUGCCACACAGGAAGCAGGGGCGAAUUGAGGCUCAACUUCUAACCCUCCAGGAAAUGAAGAGGCUGAACAGUGGCCUUGACUGGCCAAGCAGUUUCUAUAUGGCCCUGAAAUAGCUCUCUAAAAAGACACCCAGCUAUAUGAACAGGAUGACCCCUGUACACCUUCAGAUGUUCUUCCCAGCCCUCAUUCCCUGCUAUUCACAGGCUGUGACUCACCCAGAGGAGGUUGCAACACUCAGAAGCCCAACAAUGGAGCAAGAUUAGAUACAGAGGGAAAACCAGAACUUUCACAUAAAGCCUGAAUCACUUUGUUCAAAGGCAAAAGCUGCCCGCAAGGAUGUGGCUGUACCUGGCGGCCCUGCUGGCGCUGUACCUCCUGCGCCGAUGGCACCGGGAGCGGCAGAUGGUCGGGAACCUCCCGGACAAACACGUCUUCAUCACGGGCUGCGACUCCGGCUUCGGGCACCUGCUGGCCAAGCAGCUGGACGGGCGGGGGCUGCGGGUGCUGGCGGCGUGUCUGACGGAGCAGGGGGCCGAGCGGCUGCGGCAGGCGACGUCGGGGAGGCUGCAGACAGUGAUCCUGGAUGUCACCUGCUCCGACAGCAUCGCUGCGGCCACUGCCUGGGUGAAGGGGCAGGUGGGGGACCGAGGGCUCUGGGGCCUGGUGAACAACGCUGGCAUCGGGGUCCCCACAGCCCCCAACGAGUGGCUGCGCAAGGCCGACUUCGUCAGGGUGCUGGACGUGAACCUGGUGGGGCUGAUCGAGGUGACGCUGAGCCUGCUGCCCCUGGUGCGCAGAGCCCGGGGCCGCAUCGUCAACGUGGCCAGCACAGCGGGCCGACUCUCCGUGAUGGGAGGGGGCUACUGCCUCGCCAAGUACGGUGUGGAGGCCUUCUCCGACAGCCUGAGGCGUGAGCUCCACAGCUUUGGCGUCAAGGUCUCCAUCAUUGAGCCAGGCGGCUUCCAAACCCCGCUCGUAAAUUCGCAGAGCCUGCAGGAGGCGUGGAGCCGAGCCCCCGCCGAGAUCAAGGAGGCCUAUGGGCAGCAGUUCUUUGAAACCUAUGUUGAGCGGGUCCAAAAGUUCCUCACCUGGACCAGCAGCAACCUCCGCCUGGUCACCGACCCCAUGGAGCACGCGCUGACGGCCCAGCACCCCCGCACCCGCUACUCCUGCGGCUGGGACGCCAAGCUCUUCUACCUCCCCGUCUCCUACCUGCCGACCUCAUGGGCAGACUUCAUUCUGACCUCGUCCAGGCACAAGCCUGCCCAGGGCAUCUAGGCAGCAAUGUGCCCAUGGACCGGGGGGCUGCAGCCUUCCGGCACCUGGUGAAAGGCUCUUGAUUCAACACUUCAAUCCAGUUGUGGGUUCAGCACCCCAAUUGUGCAACUUUUCUCAUCUCUAAUAAAUGAACCCGCAAUCUUCCUGCCA